UCAAGUUCGUUUCCGCAUUUGGUAACAAAUUUCUGUUGAGUUUGUGUGAACAAGUACGUGCGCACGUACCGAACGAUACAAUCUUGCGUUUGCAGUAUGCGACUUUAGUCAAUAAUUAUUCAUCUUUCGUCAUUUCGUAAGGCGUAAACAUUUUGAUCUAAGAUUCCAAAGUUUUGCAUACAAGUUUCGCAGUAAACACUUGUAUCAUCAAGUACCUGUUGCAACUGCUCACCUUGGUUUUAUGGGCUCAAAGACAGUAUAGUCUGGCUGUCAGAUUUCGUUAAUUUUUUCUGCAACCUUAAUUCAAUCGUUGUUUUAUACGACGUUCCAACCAUAACUACUUUGAUCAGAACCGCAUUUAAGUUUGUAUGUUGAGAGACGGAAAUCCAAUUAGUCCAGCGACCAUUGUAUUUAUACUUUAUAUUUUACGCGGAACAUCAGCAGACAGCUGACUCCGCGCCAUGGAAAAUGCGCGGCAACCCAGAACGCUGCCCAAAUUCAGACUACCGGUACAGUUACAGAUGCUGGAAAACACCCACGAGCAGCAGUACCCUCUUGAUUUCAUCCCGUCGCACUUCGAAAUGCAACUGGAGGAAAACGGGAAAAUUCACGAGAUUUCGCCUGACACGUUAGAGUGUUUAGGUACACUGGAUCGUGGCACCUAUGGCUUUGUUUACAAGUACAGACACCGAUCGUCGCAAUUUUUGAUGGCCAUCAAAUCAAUUCUGGUGCACAAUAAUAGCUCGGGUGAUCCGUUGGAUAUGCGAAAACGAUUGUACAUGGAUGUUGUGAUAAACCAAAAAAUUCAGCUAAACGAAGCAAACCAGGAAUAUCUAAUUCGCUCCUUUGGCACAUUAAUCGCUGAAAAUGCUGUGUGGAUUUGCAUGGAACUGAUGGACACUUCGUUGAAAAAAUUUUACGAGCGAGUUUAUGGCACGGGCAGAAGGUUACCGGAAGAAGUCAUGGCAUCCAUUCUAUUCUCUGUCGUCAGCGGUCUGCACUUCUUGAAGGACCGGCUUAAAAUAAUGCAUCGCGAUAUCAAGCCAAGCAACAUUAUGAUGUCCAAGGAUGGCAGAGUGAAAAUCUGUGAUUUUGGAAUCAGUGCGGAGUUAGAAAAACACUCACAAAAAGCAAUAUUGGCGAUCAGUAUUACCAGGCGCCGGAACGUGUGGAUACCGAUUUACUUGCCAGUAUGAACGAAAAAGGUUUUGACAUCCGUACCGACGUGUGGAGUCUCGGGAUUACAUCGUAUGUUUAAAUAAUAUACGUCUGCGACGACAACAGUGUAUCGUAAACAGAUGGAAAUAGCCAUGGGACAGCUACCUUUCCGGUCCACCACGGUCCUGGGUCUUGCGAAAGAAAUAACGAGUCUUACUCCUCCAAAAUUACCCCGUGAUUUACCCUAUUCCCUUGACUUCCGCGAUUUCGUUACCGCUUGUUGUCAAAGAGAUUACUCGCAGCGUCCAAGGUAUGCUGAAUUAUUGAACAUACCGUUCCUAGCCAAGCAAGCCGCGAAUCGCCACGAUAUCAGUUCCUAUGUGCAGCAAGUACUGGACGGUGCAAGCGGAGAUGUCGUGUGAAAUGGACACGAUAUCAGCAAAUAGGAUAACUUAUUUAUUUUAUUCUAUAUUUUUUAAGAUUGUUUUUGAGUGAUCAUGAUUCAUGAGUGGUGGGUUGCCUCGUUUUUUUUUACUGACUCUAAAAGGUGAACCGUACUUGUCUUAGUGCACAGGCCAGAAGUUACUUCCGUAUCAGUUUUUUUAGUUAAGGGUUCUGGGGCUUUGGAGUGGAGCAAUACGUUUGAUCCCAAUAAAGAAAUUAUAAAGCGC